CUGCAAUUUCAUUCAAAGCCUUGCAAGGCUCCGGUCAUCGUCUCUCUCCAUAUUACAUGGUGGGCACAAGGCGAAAAAGCAAGGCUGCCGCAGCCGCAGCCACUCAGCACGACUACGAUGGUGCAUCAACUCAAGGAACAGACGAGUUCAGCCAUCCGCAACCAUUCAGCGUCUCACUACCUAUCGACAUCGAUGUUGAAGCACUUUCAAGCUUGAUACCAGAUGUCUCAUUUGCCACCCCAACCCCUGAAACAAUAGUAUCUGUGUACAGAUUGCUCCUUGCACAAGUCACCGAAACCAAUGCCACUCAGAGAGACCUAGAGGAGGCGAGAGCAGAGGUCGAACGGAGGGAAGUGGAACUAGACCAGGCUUAUCAAGAUGCGGAGAACAAGACGAACAGUCUUGAAACUUCUUUCGAAAAUGUCCAGAGCCAACUCACAGUCACGAGGCAAGAAAAGGAGCAGCUUGCUGCAUCGAAAAGUAGCCUAGAAGCGCAGCUAUUAAAUUUCAGCACUUCGCAGUCCACUUCGUCGACCGAACUCGACCAAUUGAAGCAUCGCGUCGAGGACGCUGAACGCGAAAAACGUGACCUUAUGGGUGUGGUAAAUAGGUUGAAGGAAGAUGCAACGCAGCGCGACGAUGAGGUGCAAAACUUGCGCAAUAGCCUCCGACAGGCACGUCAAGAACACCAAACACAGGAGACUCAAGUGCGCGAGCUUCGCUCAUCAGAAACGUCCAACAAGUUCAAGAUCGACUCCCUCACGCAGCAACUCCAGCUUGCACAGUCCGAAGUCGAGCGAGCAACCGCCGAAUUAUCAUCCAAAAUCGAAGAACACGCCAAGUACCGACGCACGAAACAUGCCGAGUUCGCAACUCUGCAAGCCGCUCACGACUCACUCACCCAGCAACACUCAGCAUCGGAGAGCGCGUUUAAAGCUCUCCAAAGCGCGCAUUCAUCUCAAGCACACCAGCUCACGCAGGCUCUUGCACGCGUGCAGGAUCUGACUGGACAGCUCGCAGAACAGGAAGCAGCGUUCACUAGUGAAGCAUCUGGGCUUCGACGACUCGUAAACAUUAUGGAAGAGCGCGAGAAGCAGGCGAAGGACAUUGUUGAAGGCAUUGAACGCGAAUGGGCAGGUGUCGGAGAACGUGCCGAGCGACGCGAGGCAGCUCUGCACGCUGAAGUCGAGAAGGAGAAACGGGCCCGAGCGGAAGCAGAGCGAAAGGUUGAUCAACUUGAAACAGUUCUUGAGCGCAUGAAUCGUGGUGAAUUGCCCGUCGCCUCCCGCGGAUCACCCGUUCCAGGAACCCCAGCCACCCCUGCUCGUAAUUCUGCUCAAGCGGCCGGAAUGGAGGGUAUGCUUGGUUUGAGCCCGACGGUCGCAAUGGUCAGCAGGGCACAGAAGACCGGCAAGACGUUUACCGAGGUCUAUGCCGACUAUGUUCGCUUGCAGGAUGAAUUUGCGAAGAAGUCAUCCGAGUAUGAUCACAUGGACAGAACUCUUUCUGCAGUGUUGGCUCAGAUUGAAGAACGGGCUCCCAUUCUAUCACAGCAACGCGAAGAGUACGACCGCCUACAAUCCGAAGCCGCACAACUUGCCUCACAGCUCUCGACCGCACUCGCCGAACGUGAAGCUAACUCAAACGCAUUCCAAGAAGCCUCGCAAAAAUUGAAGAAGUCUCACUCAGAGAAUGAACUUUUGCAACGACAGCUCGAUGAUCUCGGUCGGCAAGUUCAAAUUCUGCUUAAGGAACUCGGGAGGCGCACAGACCCGUCUUUGCCCACGGAUGCUGAGAUGGAAGAAAUGGAGCCCCUACCAGCCGAAAACAUUGAUGCAGUCAUCACGAAUAACCUCGUACUCUUCCGCAGUAUUGGUGGGCUGCAAGAGCAGAACCAGAAGCUACUCAAGAUUGUACGCGAGCUCGGCUCCAAAAUGGAGGCGGAGGAGCGUGAGUACCGCGAGGCGCUUGAACAAGAGCAAAGUGAAGCUGUGAGAGAGGCGCACGAGGCGAUUCAAGAUCUGGCCGCACAGCUUGAGAGACAGAAGAAGAGCAGCGAUAUGACAAUCCAGGCGUACAUGAAGGAACGAGAUGCGAUGAAAGCCAUGCUUGCGCGGGCUGAGCGCUCGGGACUGCAUGCGGGCGUCAACGGCGACAUCAACGGCGUUGCUGGUCCUAUCAAGAACAAUCUGGCUGCGGAACUUGAAGACGUGCAAGCUCAGUUCGAGGCUUAUAAAACUGAGAUGGGCACAGAUUCUGUGAAGCUUCGAGAGGAGUUACAGCAAGCGCAUCGCGAUCUCAAUCAGGUCAACGUUACGCUUGCCAAGGCCAAUGCCAAGAUCGAAUAUCUCACUGACCGUCAUCGCAUGAGCCAAGACGAAGCAUCGCUACAUACCCGCGAUCUCGACUCCUUGACCAAGCGCAAUCAACAACUCUACGAUCAAUAUAUCCGAAUUGAUAUCGAGUGUAACCGAGCCCAGCAGGAGUUAUCCGAGGCUAACAGUCGUGUCGAGCAGUUGCGCAAUGAGAAUGCCAACCUGCGUGCAGAGAAGAAAAUAUGGGAGUCUAUCCAAGUUCGCCUGGUGCAAGAGAACAAGACCCUUUCAGUGGAACGGUCUCACCUAGCUGACCUUAUGGCCAAUGUGCAGAGGAUGCAUGGCGACCUUGAACGAUCGGGAGAAAAUGACCGCCGGCGUCUGGAGAACCAGAUCCAGACAAUGGAUGACCAGAUGAAAGAUAUGAAGGUUCAACUCUCGCAGGAGCGCGACGCAGUCCGCCAUGUCACGCUUCAGAAGGAUAUCGACUUGAAGGACCUGCAAACCCGCCUGGACAAGACGACCGAACAACUAUCUCAAGUUCGGGAGUCUCUCGUCGGUGCAGAAACCAGCAAAGUCCACCUCCAAGAGCGCGUUGACCAGCUUACACGCCAGCUACAAGGUAACGAGGAGAAGCUUGCCGUGUACGAACGUCGCCCAUCGGUUGCCAAUGGCGCUGCUCCUGCUACUGAGCAAGACCUUCCACGUGAACAGCGACUCGAGCAGGAAGUUGCGGAAUUGCGGUCUGCUUUGAAAGUCGCUCAAGUCGAUCUUACAGCUGCCCGUAGUCACAUGCAGCAAUUCCAAGAAAUCUCUCAAGCAAACGAGGCUGCUCUGUCCGCACUGAAUGCUACGCAUGAUCAAUACAAGACUGAAACUGAGGCGCAGAUUUCGAAGAACGAGCUGGAGUACAAGGCCCUGCAAGAUAAACUGCGCAGCGUUGAGGAUGAUGUGCGACAGUCUGCCGACAAGUUCUCUGAACUUCAACGCACAUUCGAGUCGGAGCGACUAGUCUGGACUAAUGACAAGAAGAUCUUGGAGGAUACUAUCGUCGACUUGAGCACCUCUGAGAAGACUUCUGAAACUGACCGCACCACUCGCGAGAGUGAAGUUCGCCAACAGGAGGAAAGAGCCCUUGCUGCAGAAGAUAGAUACUCGCGUGAAGUGAUCGUCCAUGCUGAGUCAAUCAAGACCAUCGAGACCCUCAAACAACAACUAUCCGUCGCUCAAGCUACCUCCAGGGAGAACCUGUCAGAAGCUGCUAAUGCCCAAGCUAAACUAGCGGCAUCGGAGGGCAGCUGGAAGCAGCAAAAAGAAGCUUUGGACAAGGAAAUUGCUGAUCUCAACGCACGGUCCAAGGAUCUGUCCGCACAGAAUACUCUUCUUCAUCAACAUCUCGAGACUGUCAGCACCCAAGCUACGCGUAUUCGUCAGGCUGCUGAUUCCUCCGCUACGGAGGGCACUUCUGGUGACGCAGAUGUUGGUGGCGAUGUGGAUACUAAGGUUUCAGAGCUCAGAUCUGUUGUGGCUUACCUGCGCAAGGAGAAAGAGAUAGUUGAUCUCCAGCUUGAGCUCAGUAAACAGGAGAACGUCCGUUUGAAGGCUCAGAUCGAGCAUCUGACUCAGAGCUUGCAAGAGACCAGAGCAACCCUUGCUGAGGAACGGGAACGGGCGAUGGAGGCGGCGACUUCGGAUGCUCAGCACGCUGAGAUGUUGGAGAGGAUCAACCAGUUCAACAUUCUUCGAGAAAGCAACGCCACCCUCCGCGCUGACUGCGAGACUUAUGCUAAACGCUCUCGCGAGCUCGAUGCGAAACUGCAGGCAUUAUCUACAGAGCUUGAACCUGUCAAGGAAAAGGCUCGUGUGGCACAGGCAGAGCUGCAAGCCAGAGAUGCGCAGAUCACACGUCUCGAGGGAGAGAGCCGCCGUUGGCAAGAACGUAACGCACAGUUACUGAGCAAAUAUGAUCGUACUGACCCCGCUGAGAUCCAAACGCUGAAAGACGAAAUCGAAACCCUGAAAACUCAGAAGGCUGAUGCGCAUAAAUUGGUUGCAGAACGUGACGAGCGAGCAAACGCUAUCCAAUCCCGACUCUCGGCUCUCGAGGCUAACUUCAGAAGCCACAAAGAGAGCAAUAGGACAAGUGUAGACAAGUUCAAACAUAGCCUUGGGUUACUGAACGGUGAGAAGUCUCAACUCAACGCCACUGUCAGUGAGCUUGAGGGCAAGAUCAAAACCCUGACCGCCGAACGAGACGCAUUGCGCACCACCUCGGCACCUGAUACGUCGCAGCAGUUGAACACCCAGUUGGAGACGCUACGGAAAGAGAAGGUCGCUUUGGAGCAAGCGUUAGCCAAUGAGAGAGCUACGAAAAUACAGGCGCCUGUCGAAGGUUCAUUAGAUCAAACUGCACUCAUUACUUCCCUCAGGGAGGAAAGAGAUAAGCUUUUGGCAGAAAAUGAGGCUCUGAGCAAAGCUGGGUCCUCUACUCUGCCUUCUGAUACUGCACGGUUGUGGGAGUCGGAAAAGCUUGAGCUCUUAAAGGCGCGGGACGAGGCAUUGGCGCGUGCUAGUGCCGCAGACGAUUUGGCGAAAAAGGCGUCCGAUGAAGUCAGGAGCGUCCGCCAAUCCAAUGAAAAAUUUCAAACUAGAAUUCAGGAAAUGAGAGAGAAGGCCAAGAGUGAAAUAACUGCCGGCGGUGCUUCUGUAAAUACCGAGGAACUCUCGAAGAAGCAUGUCCAAGAACUGGAGGCUCUGCGAGUUCAACUGACUGCCCAGCACGAGGCGGCCCUCAAGGUGGCAGUAGACGCUGCCACUAAAGCUGCUAAAACGGAGGCUGCCACUUCUCCCUCCGAUGAGUCAACAAAAGCCGCUAUUGCCGCUGCCAUCGCUGCUCAUGACGCAGAGCUCCGAGAACGACGUAGCUCAGAAUUGGAUGCAGCGGUCGAGCGGGGUAGAUUGGAAUCGCAGGCAAAGACCAAAAUCAAAGAUGGUCAACUUGUUCGAUCUCAGGCCAAGCUUAAGGAUCUGGAAGCGCAAGUGUUGGAGUGGCGAAAGGCUGGUUUGAUCCCCGAGGCUCCGCCACCGCAAACGCCCACAGCAUCGACCUCCAAGGUGCCACCCCCAACUACUGCUACACCUGUCGCCGCAGCCCCAGCAGGUCAACCUGCAGCUGCUAGUGGUGAAAAGCCACCCACCAGUGGUGCGGUCCCACUUGGUAUACCCAGAGGUGGCCGAGGCAGAAUUGCUCCGCGCGGCACUGUGAGAGGAGGCAUCAAUACCCGAGGUGCGGCUCCUGGUCGGGGUGGCGCUCCACCUCCUAUUCCACCCCCUACUGCAGCUACCUCCGGUACUACAGGGAUAUCUAUCAUUGGCGCAGCUAGCAAACGUAGUCGAGAAGAAGAUUUGGCCGCGGACGAUUCUCUGGCGAAGCGGCUGAAGCCUGCAGCGGAGACCACCGCACCAAAACCCCCUGUUACUCUCCGUCGCCCGCCUCCAUCAUAG